AUGGCUGAGUUCUCCUUGGUUUGUGUAAAGCUGGAAGAUGCAAUGAAGUAUUGGUGCCAGUAUUGGAUCAUCGAUAUUCCUCCACCUAACAUUUCCAUGAACCAGGAAAAAAUUGUGGAAGUGGGGACCAAUGUCACCAUCCAGUGCUGCAAUCAGGGCUAUGGGGGCAUCAUCUUCUUGCACAAGGACGGGCACUCAGCCCCUGUCCAGCACCAGGACCCCCGUGGCGGGGGCACAGCCACCUUCAUCCUUGUUGCGGUGACCCCAGCUGACAGUGGCACCUACAGAUGCUCCUAUCGCCCCAAGGCCUCCCUCUUUGUGUCCUCACCCCUUGGGGACAGCGUAACGCUGGAGGUGACAUCCACACCUGCACGCCCAGGUGCUGAGUUGGUGUCCCGUGGGAACCUGGUGGUGGCAGUGGUGAGGGGCUGCGCUGCUGUCCUCAUCUUUGGCCUCGGCGUCUUCUUUGUCAUCGAUGCCCGCAGCCUCUGGAUACGGAGAGAUGAGAGUCUGGGUGGGGAAGGGAUUUAA